AUGCCACGAUCCGGGCCCAAACCCGAAGACCUCGAUUUCGAGAUCCAUGUUGACCCGUCUUGCCUGAGCACCCCCGCGCACGAGACUGCCGAGCACGAACUCAUGGACGACGACGUCCCUACCAAGCCUGAGGAGGAGAAGGUCCAGGAGGUCGAGGUGGAGGACACGAAGAACGAUGUGAAGGACGAGGCUCCCGUGGCCGCAGAAGAGGUUACGGAGCCGGAGCCGAAUGACACGAAGAAGGAAGACACAACGGCGCCCGAAACUGCCGAGGCAGUGGCUGAGGAUGUGCCGGCCGAGGAUGAGCAGAAGGACGACGAUACAACUGCUCCUGAGCAUGCUGCCGAGCCUGCUGCCGAAGCUGCUCCUGAGGAACCAGAGGAGACCAAGGCGGAGGAAGUAGAGCCCGCCUCUGAAGCCACAAAUACCGCUGAAGACGAGGAGACAGAAGCGGAGGCAGAGGCCGCUCCAGCGGAAGAGGCCCACUCAGCUGCAGAGGGACCAGCAGACGAGGACAAGCCGGCUGCUGACGAAGCCACUGAUGACACAAUUCAAGACGAGCCUGAGCAUGCAGAAACCCAAUUGGAGAAAGAUCUCUCGGAAGAGAUCUCCGAGCUAGCGGUCGCGGAUGACGCUAAGCUAGAUGAGCCCGAGCCCGAGUCUGAGCCCGUGGCGGAGGUUACGUCUGUGGUUGAGGCUGAGAAGGAAGAACCUUCCCAAGCAGAGUCUGAGCUGCUGCCUGAAGAUCAACCUCAAGAGGUGAUUGAGGAAGACACAGCUCCGGAAGAACCCGAGCCUCAGGUCGAAGAUGUCGACGAGGAAGAACCAUCUCACCCCGAGCCCGAGGCUGAACCUGAGGUCGAGGUCGAGGUCGAGAAAGCAGCGACACCCGAGCCUGAGCCCGAGGCGGAGGUUGAAGCGGAAGUUGAGCGAGGAAGGUCACUCCAGCCGGCGGCUGAAAUCACAACCAGUACGCUGGCAAAGGAGGUCGAAGAGACCCUCGCCAUGCAAGCAGAGUCUGAUGAGACGCCAGCGCCGGCCCCCACUGCCGACGAGGCAAAGGAGAACGAUGAUGAGCCCGCUGCGGUACAAGAAGCUAGCCGCUCUUCGUCUUCUCUCCGCCGCGCCUCUGGCCGCACCGAGGCUCUCAUCCAAGCUGCCGCAAAGGAGGUUCUCCAACGACUCGAGGCCCAGACCAUGGAGACCAUCAGGAACAGAUCACACUCUCGCCAGGACUCAACCGGAUCCACCAACGCCGGAACCGAGUUGCACUACGACACUCGCUCGGAAGGCACCCGCCGCGGAUCAUACGCCACGGAAUCACGGGCGAGUCGCCGCGAAUCUUACAACACCCAGUCUCAGUCCAGCCGCCGUGAGUCGUACAACACUCGACCCCGCAGCAGCCGUCGCGAGAGUGAAAUCCACCCUGCUACUGUACAUGCCGAAGACGGCGCCGACAGCUCCUCUCAACACGGCGACUCGGAUGUGUUCAGCGACCGCAGCCCGCGCAGCUCGUUGGGCUCCUUCGACGGCCACGUCGACCACCACAAGGACACGAGCAACCGCUCCUCCAAGCGGUCGUCGCGCAUGUCCGACGUGUCCGUGUCCGAGAUGUCCUACUACGACAAGGAGGAGUUCGUCCCCACCAUCCGCGGCACGAACCGCAUGCCCUUCCGCUCCCCCUCCGAUGUUCGGGCACUGCAAUACUCCUCCCCGGCCCCCUCAGUGACGGGCUCCUACUCCCCGCGCUCCAGUAAGCGCCCUCAGGUGCCGACCAUCUCACGCCUCGGCAGCCCGACUGCCUCUGCGCAGUACACCACCAAGGGCCGCAAGACGCCCACCCGCUUCAACCCCAAGAAGGAGCCCGCCCCUCUCGUGCUGCUCCACGUCACUCUCCUCCCGCUCCGCUGGCAAUGGGCCGAGAUCCUCGAGCAGGCGUCGUCGGAUGUCCUGUCCCCUGAGGCCAAGACCCUGCGCGAGGCCUGGCACCACCUCCACGACCGCGUCGCCGAUACCGUCUGCGAGCGCGGCAUUCUCCUCUCCCACCCGCAAGACGACUACGAGAUCCUGGAAGAGCGUCUACUGGAGGCUCUCGAUCUCCCCCUGCGCCGGAGGGCGCGUGUCCUUGAGUGCGGCCAUUACAUCGGCCCCUCCAACGAAAUGACGCUCAGCGAGGACACCGAUAGUGACGAGGAGGAGUAUGAUGAGGACUCGAGGAGGAGAAGCGCUCUGGUCAAGACACACUGGUGCCAGACCUGUCGCCACGACAUCCGCUACGAGUCCCUCGGGCCCGGCAAGAUCUUCCGCAUCAAGGUGUACGCCAGCAACGGCCUUAUGAGGACCGGCGCCUGGGCGGCUUGUUGGAAGGAGAUGGAGCGCGUGGACGUCGAGAUUGAGCCCAUUGUCGAGUCGGCUGUCUUGGACGAGCUGGAGCGUCUCGCCAUCUCCCAGUCGCAGCAGCUGCAGCUCGUCAAGCACGACCCGACGAUUCUUGAGUCGACCGAAGGCAGGGAUUUGCCUGAGGAGCACGGCAUGUCCGACUUUGACCACACCAUGCCGUCCAUGGACCGCGACAUGCACUCCCUGGACCGUGGCAUUCCUGCUCUGGAGGAGCCUCCGCGUGAGGCGUCCCAUCUGGAGGAGAACAACCUCCUCGAGCCAAAGUACAUUGACCACGAGCCGCAUAUCCCGGUUUCUUCGCCUCCUCCGGCUGCGGAGGAUAUCCGGUCGCCCUCCGCCGAGCCCAUGCCUCGUUACGACGAGAGCGAAGAGCGCCGCCUCCGCGACGAGGAGCGCAUGCGCGAGAUUUACGGCCACCCGCCGCCCGAGCCUCAACACCACGAGCCGGCCCCCGAGCCCCAGCCGGAGCCGCGUCACGAGUCCUUCUCGGCUCAGUCGCCGCCUCCGCCUCCGUCUCAGCCCGAGCCACAGCAGCAUCAGUCCCCGCCCCCGCCUCAGGAGGCGUAUCCUCCGCAGCAAGGGAGAGAGCAGGCUUUCCAGAACGCCGGGCUUGGCGAGCUGCUCCUCGAGGCGGCGCGGGUGUUUAUGCAGGACAAGAAGAACCUGGCCAUUGUGGUCAUGAGUUUGCUUGUGCUGUUCAUGGCUGUCAGGCCUGCGCCACGGGAGGUCAGGGACUGGGAUGGCCAGUUUGUCGAGCAUGUGGCGUCUGUCGCAUCUGAGCCGCCGGUGUCGCCUCCUCUGAUGGAGACUGUCCAGUCCGUGGUGGAGUCGGUCACGUCGUCUGAGGCUCCGGUGCAAGUGGUUGUUCAGUCUACCCCCCAAGUGGAAGUGGAGGCCCCCGCGGCGGAAGCUCUCGAGAGCCAGGAGAUCCCGGUGGCUGAGGCCACUGCUUCUGUCUCGAUUGUCGAGCCCGUUGAGAGCUCUACCUCAGUCACAGCUCAGACAUCUGCUGUAGAAGAGGAAACCUCGCCGGCACAGUCGCCUUCUUCAUCCUCUGAGGAAGUGGUGGCCCCUGCCCCUACCCCCGUCCACGAGACCAUCACCACGAGGGAACUGGUUCGCAUCAUUGAGACUGUGACGGAGACGGUCAAGGCUGUUGUUACUGAGACGGAGGUCGUUCGAAUCCAGGCUACGCCUAGCGUGGCGCCUAAGGCCCUCGUUGAGGAGACCGCUGCUCAGAUCGAGGAUAAAGUCGCCGAAACUGAAGAGGAGUCUCCUUUGGAGAGUACUGCACCUGCCGAGGAGCUUCUCGAAGACGCUACUGUCGAAGAGGCUCCGGCCACCGAGACGGCUCUGCCCACCGAGGAGCCCGUGGAGCAGGGAGAGGUGGAGGAAGAUGAUCACGAUGAGCUCUGA